CCAUACCAUCAGUUGGCGUAUGAUAACAAUAAACAACCCUGAAACAAGAGAUACGCACCGAGAGGACCUGUCGCUACAAUUCGACACAAACGGACCGAAAAUAUGAGCCGAGACAGCCGCAGUCAGUCGGAGUAACGUCUCGCCAAGUAGCGUAGGAGUCUCGUCGGUCCUGACACAAAGGAUUUUCCAGUUUUGUGUCAGUCCAAGGGGAGAACUAGAGUUACGGUUUACCCCUUCCUUAGCCCCCUGUAGCUAGCUGUGGCUCAUUCCUUGUUUUUACACACUUUGUUUUAGUCUGUUAUGCAGUUGCCAGAGGACUGUACUCGCACUCGUUCUCCUCCGCCACCUCUUCGCUCCCUCUCCCCGCUCUCUCUGGCCCUAUGUCUCGCUGGCUUUUCCCCUGGUCGGGCUCAAUCAAGAAGCGGGCCUGUCGGUACCUCUUACAGCACUACCUCGGUCACUUUUUGCAAGAGCGACUGAGCCUGGACCAGCUGGGCUUGGACCUGUACAACGGCAGCGGUGUCAUCAAGGAGAUCAACCUCGAUGUGUGGGCGGUCAAUGAGCUCCUGGAGUCCCUCGGGGCUCCUCUGGAGAUAGUGGACGGCUUCGUGAGCACCAUAACGGUGACCAUCCCCUGGCAGGCUCUCCUGACCGAUCACUGCACCUUAGAGGUGACCGGUCUUCAGAUAACAUGUCGACCCAAGUACCGGACCAGUGGGGGAUGGGACUCCCAAGGCUGGUCGUCCAGCAUGACCUCCAGUAUGCAACUGGCUCAGGAGUGCCUGAAGGACCCCCCAGAGGCAUCCGAGGAGCCGCCUGCCCCACUGGAGGGGCUUGAGAUGUUUGCACAGACUAUUGAGACGGUCCUCCGUCGCAUUAAAGUCACCUUUCUAGACACUAUCGUCCGCAUCGAGCACCAGCCCCUCGACCUGGAAACAGGCGUUGCCUUAGAAGUGCACAUCAAACGGCUGGAGUAUUUUGAUGAGGCAGUACGAGAUCCAGCCAGCCAAACUGCCGUGCCUGUCGACAUCCACCAGCCGCCUGCCUUCCUGCACAAAAUCCUCCAGCUGAGCGCUGUUCAGCUGUUCUACGACAGCACUGGGAUAGUACAGGGUCCUCCUGAGGAGGAACGCCCAGAUUCACCCAUAGCUAGCGAAGGAGAAGAAGAAGAUGAAGAUGAAGAAGAGGAUGAGACGGAGGAGAAGGCUAAGCCACUCUCGGCCCCGCCCGGUUCUCCGUCUCAGCCGCUGCUCAUAGGAAGCUGCUCCGGUUUCAUUGAAACCACCGUCAAGAUCAAACAGAAUGAUAUGCUGCCCGGACCAAAGUUGGAGUUGGAUGGGAAGGUGGGCUGUGUCCACAUGCUGCUGUCUCCAGAUCAAAUCACCCAUUUGACAGACCUGCUGGCAGCGCUCUGCAUAGACACUGAGCCAGAGUCUAAGUGUGGUGGAGUCCAUAGUCGGCCGUUAGACUCAGAUGACCUGCGCAUGAUUGAGGAGGACCUGAGUAAGCAGCUGGGCUCCAGCCCCAGAGACAGGGACUGGGAAAUGGAGCCUGACCUGGAGCCCUUCGUCACCACCCUGGAGAACGGAGAGAUGUUUUACUCCAUGGGACCUGCUGGGAUGAACAGUAGCGUGACAUCUGUCCGGUCUGGCAGUGAGCUGUCAGACAGUGACAUGGAGUCGUCCACACACAGUGUAGCCAGCUUCACGCAGCCAGCAGCCCUGUCUGCACAGGGUAUGAUGAACUGUCCUAGGAGAUAUCCUGUAGCUGGCUGCCUGUCCAGUCUCCCACAGACCAGCAGCAGGUCUAGAGGACGUUCGCACAGCAGCCAGGCGGAGCAGCUGAAGCCCGACGCGCUGCUGCGACUGACCAUCGGCGGACUUACUCUGACCCUGCUGCAGGAGGACCCGCCCACUAGGACGGACGGGGCCUUGUCAUUGGCUCAGGUGUCUCGGGUGUUCUUCCGGGAGCUGGCCUUCUUCAGGGACAGCUUGUUUAGCGAGAGGGACUUCCAUCAUUUGAGAAGUGGCUUUGCCAAGGCCUGCCCACACUCCCAUCUCAGACUGACGGGAGCAGCCGUGCAGGUCGCUUGUGAGAUGCGAAGUGGGAGGCGACACUGUCGCGCCGUGACCUCUGACCUGUCCUUCAGCAGGCUGGAACUGUUAGAGUGUCUCUGGGAGGACGGAAAGCCUCAGUACUGUGAGUUGCUCCAGUUCCAUAAAGCUGGUCUGUUCACUGUUGGAGCUGCAGCCAGACCCUGCGCCCAGCUACACUACAGCCUCACUGAAAGACACCUGCGUAAGGGAAAGCAGCAAGUGGUGCGGCGGGACAGCGUGGUGCGGGUGGAGCUGGCUGAGCUCAGCACCGAGCUGGACCUGGACAUCCUCAGCCGCCUGGGGAGCAUCAGCAAAGCUUUCAGCCACUGUCCCUCACAGACUGCUGGAUCAGGACCCAUGCAGGCACAGAGCACCGAGCUUUACUCCUCUUUCACCCUCCUCUCCCCGCACGCCGUCCUCCGGCUCCGUUUCCCCAUCCCCGACCUGCGGCCCCUCCCUAAGCGUCGACCGCCGACCCAGAGGGCCGUGCGGCAGGAGACCUUGGUGCUGGAGCUGACGGAGCUGGAGCUCAAGCACCAGGAGGCCCCGGACCUCCAGAGCGAGCAGGCGGCCUCGGGACAGCCGUGGGCUCCGUGCCUCACCCAGUUACUGGAGGCCUGCUUCACCGACCUGCACGGGUCGUAUGAGGGCUGGGAGGGAGGCUCUUUCCCCUGUAUCAGAGUGAGGAAGAACCGUGACUCUCUCCCCAGGAUAUCGGUGCGUGUGCGCGGAGGUGAGGCUCAGGGCCCGGCAGCAGGUCUGAGCGGGAUGAACAUGGGCCUCAUCAGGGAUCUGGGCGCCGUCUUCUUCGAAAGCCACUGUGAAUUCAACGACAAAACCAGCUCCCCGUUUUCUUCCAACCGCACCAUGUUUGAGACCGAGGAGAUGGUGAUUCCAGCCGACCCAGAGGAGAUGAGUCAGUUUCAGGAGCAGUGCGUCGCUCAGUGUCAGUGUGCCGUGGACAUCAGCCUGCCACUGGCCUACAUCCUCCUCCCCAGCAAACAAGCCUUCCAGAGCAUCUACAACAGGAUCAAUAAUGAUCUUUUGAUGUGGGAGCCACCUCCCCCUCCUCCCUCUUCGGCCCGCAGCCCCGACCACAGCCGCCAUCACCGCGACGAGUUCCAGCUCUGCAAGUCCGCCUUUAGACUGGACUCUGAUUCAGAAGAGGAUGAGCCCCACUUCUUCAUGGCCAAUGAUUCAAAUGGAAAAUCUCAUCAGUCGGCUCCUCAGGCCAACCACAACCUCAGCCUCCUCUCCCUCACUGUGAUUAUUGGGAAGGGUCGCCUCCAAGCCAGAACAGACAGGAAGGAGGACCAGAGUCACGGGGAGAUCGUCCUCGACCUGGAAGGGGGGAAGAUGUUCAGCGUGGCGCAACAUCAAAAUGACCCCAAUCUCAGUUUCCUGUGUCUGGAGAGCAAACGAGUGGAGCUCUACCAUCGAGCUGUGGUGAAAGAAACCCCCAUCCCGCAGCGGUUGGAAAUGCCCAACUUCGCUCCCCCGAAGCACUUGGACCCCACCAUCUACCCCACAGAGGCGGGAGUGAGCAGUGUGAGCGGCAGGGAGCUGGAGCCGCAGAUGUUGUCCACAGCCAUCAAAAUCACACUGGACCUCCAGAGGAACGUCAAGGAGUUUCUUGUUGCCCUUCGACUUCAAGGUGCCACUAUGCGACAUUACGUGACGCAGACCAACCACAGCUGGCAUGAGCAGCUGGUUGACUUCCUGGAUGUCAUCGACGAUCCCAUCCUUGGAUACACCGCGCCGGCCGUCAUCACUGUCCUCCACACGCACCUCGCUACCUGUGCUGUUGACUACAGACCUCUGUAUCUGCCCCUGCGAGUGUUGUUCACGGCGGAGUCCUUCUCUCUGUCCAGUAACAUCAUAGUAGACACUGCCACCUUCCACCUCAGAUUCAUCCUGGAUGACUCUGCUCUCUACCUCUCUGACAAAUGUGAGUCCGACACCGUGGACUUGAGGAGAGAUUAUGUGUGUGUUCUGGACAUUGACCUGCUGGAGCUCGCCAUCACCACAUGGAAGGGCAGUGAUACUGGAAAGCUGUCCCAGCCUCUCUUUGAGCUCCGCUGCUCCAACAACGUGGUCCACCUCCAUACCUGUGCAGAUUCCUGUGCCGCCCUCGUCAAUCUGCUGCAGUACCUGGUCUCCCAGGGUGACCUGCACCCCCCGCCACGACACACCUCACCCACUGAAAUCGCUGGCCAAAAAUUACCACUGUCAGAAAGUCCUGCGUCUCUGCCCCCCUGCCCUCCAGCUGAAACUGCUGAGAUCAAUCAGUACGAUCUGGCCGAUGCCUUAAUAGACACGGAGAAGAGCCAUCGAGAUGAGAGUUUAGACCCAGGUUCACCCUCGAUACCGAGGGGCUCUCCCGUCUCCGUCUACCUGUUCCCUGGCGAAGCCUCAAAGCACGGCCCGUCUACCGUUCUGCCACGGGAGGACUCUGAUCUUGACGGGCUGGUUGCCACGGCAACAGAGGCGCAGGCAGACAUGCUGUCAGACGACGGCUCAGAGGGCUCCACCGACAAUGACGACUUCUGCAUCCUGGAGGCUCCAGGCAUGGGCAUUCCUCCGAGGGACGGGGAGCCCGUGGUGACGGUGCUGUCUCAGGGCCCCAUCAAGGUGAAGGACAGUCACUUCUCCAGACCACGAGGCAGUUCGGACCUGCUCCGAGCCCCGAGCCGCUUCCCAGUGCCUCAAAGCAGGGUGGUGCUGCGGGAGAUCUCCGUGGUCUGGCACCUCUACGGAGGCAAGGACUUCGGUGGCAAACCCAUGUCAAUACAUGCCCAAAACGCCAGCAGGGGUCGAUCAGUCCCUGCCGGGGUUCGCGGGUCACCGUCUCGCUCUGUCGGUUCCUCUCGUCCCCAGAACUCCUGGCGCUGGGCGGGAGGCAGCGGCCGACAGCACACGUUACUGAUGGAGAUCCAGCUCACCAAGGUGUCUUUCCAGCAUGAGUCCUAUCCUGUGGCAGUACCAGGCCAGGAUGGGGACGGGCCGGUGGCGGUCGGGGUGGGUCCCGGUGGCGAGCAGCCCCUCUCCAGGCAGGUGUUCAUCGUCCAGGAGCUGGAGGUCCGAGACCGACUGGCCUCUUCACAAAUCAACAAAUUCCUCUACCUCUACACCAGCGAGAGCAUGCCCCGCCGAGCCCACUCCAACAUGCUCACUGUGAAGGCGCUGCAGGUGUGUCCAGAGUCCGGCCUCGGUGGUCCCGAGUGCUGUCUUCGAGUCAGCCUGCUGCCACUACGACUUAACAUCGACCAGGACGCACUGUUUUUCCUGAAGGAUUUUUUUAGUAAUCUAGCUUCCUUUGUUAACCCUUACUUGCCUGUGGACCCUGCAGCUGAAGUGAAGGCUGAUGCCUCUCAGAAGGUGUCUGAGGAGUUGGAGGCAGCUGCUGGUCUGGGACCUGAUCUCUCAGCUUCUGUGGAAACUACCUACAGCGAGCAGAGCUCCUCCUCUGCCGGCUCCAACUCCUCCUCUGACCAGCCGAUCUACUUCCGGGAGUUUCGUUUCACCUCUGAAGUGCCUAUCUGGCUGGACUAUCACGGCAAACAUGUCGUUAUUGAACAGGGGACGUUUGCAGGGAUCCUGAUCGGUCUGGCCCAGUUAAACUGUUCUGAGCUGAAGCUGAAGAGACUGUGCUGCCGACAUGGUCUCCUUGGUGUCGACAAAGUGAUUCAGUACGCCGUCACAGAGUGGCUGACAGACAUCAGGAAGAAUCAGCUGCCAGGCAUCCUGGGAGGCGUUGGCCCCAUGCACUCUGUCGUCCAGUUGUUCCACGGAGUGAGGGAUCUGUUCUGGUUACCCAUCGAGCAGUACAGGAAGGACGGACGCAUUAUUCGAGGUCUCCAGAGGGGGGCAGCAUCCUUUGGCACCUCCACAGCAUCAGCAGCUCUGGAGCUUAGCAACAGGCUGGUGCAGGCCAUCCAGGCCACAGCAGAGACUGUGUACGACAUCCUGUCUCCAACACCUCCCCUCAAUCGCUAUGCCAUCACUGAAGGCCGGGCUCCCACCAGUCGACCUCGCAGAGCCGCUCAGCCUGCAGACCUCCGGGAGGGAGUCGCCAAGGCCUACGACACCGUCAGAGAGGGAGUGAUUGACACGGCUCAGACCUUGUGCGAUGUAGCAUCCCGCGGCCACGAACAGAAGGGUCUCCCCGGCGCGGUGGGAGGCGUCCUACGGCAGAUCCCGCCCACCGUCGUCCGACCCCUAAUUGUGGCCUCUGAAGCCACCUCCAAUCUGCUGGGCGGCAUGCGGAACCAGAUCAAACCAGACGCCCGGAAAGAAGACUUCCUCAAGUGGCGCACGGAGGACACCCAAGAAUGAGGACGACAAUUUGUGUCUGUGUGUGAGAGAAUGAGUGCGUGCGUGUGUGUGUGUGGUUAUAAUGUGGGAAGCUCUCAGCUGUGGGAAUCUAGGGAUUGAAUGUGUAUCUGCAUGUGUGUGUGUGUGUGUGUUUGUGUGUGUGUGUGUGUGGACUAAUACGAGUCAGUGUGCGCUCUAAUGCAAAAACAAAGCAACAGCUAACUACUACUGCAGACUCUGACACCCAGUGUUUUACGUGGCUCCGUCAUACUUGGACGUCCCUGAUUUAAUUGUCGUGUUUCCCAUUCAGCAAGAGCUCUCCUCAUAUUCGUCUCCUCAGUAAUACACUAGUCUGCAGUUUCUCCCUUAUUGCCUCUGCAAACAUAUUGCUGUCACUCUCAGAGCUGGCUUUGUUUUUCAGUCCGACCAGGCACAGGCAGGAUCAUCACUCUCGAGGUUUCCUCGUUCACAGGGUAGAGGCAGGUGGGCACUUUAUCUGCUUUUAAUUGUGUUAUUUCAAACUGAGGGAAACAAAAGAGGUGGUUCCUUCAUUAAAUUGUUCUGAAUCUUUGAAGUAGGUGAAUUCGUGUUUGCAGCAGAUGAAUGAGGAUAUCUGUUUGUUGGAGAUCCUGUGUGAUCAGUCAACAAACGUUGGUCUUCUUCUGUUCAUGAAUGGGGUGAACAGUUUAAUGGAGUGUCUUUUUGCUAACGCAGAUGUUCGUAUCCCAGCUUCACAACACAACGCUGUGUGACAAGUUGAAUUUUUUGGCCCCACUAUGCACCUGCUUCCCUCAGUGCUGUUAUUUGUGCCAUAAACCUUGCAGAGUGCCCUUCUAACUAGCUUGUGUUGCCUUCCUCUAACAUGUACCCUCUCUGCUAACACAUUCUGGCUCAUACUAAAACAUGACUGAAUAGAAACAACAUGAGGCUUCUAAAUCCUGUAGCAUAUUGCUGAAGCUUCACAAAGUUAAGUGUUUUGCAAAUGGAUGUCAGCUCAACUCAUCUCUGCUUCUGUUUCCAUGAGAGUUGCAAGAUCCUUGGAUCUGAAUUAACCUGCUUUCUCUUCAAAUUUACAUGCCCCCAUCUUUAGUUGCCUUCCUGCAUUUUUUAUCUUUCUCUAUUUGUUUUAGUUUUUUUUUGUUUUUUUUUUAAUUCUGUUAAAGCAUAAGUAUUGUCAUACUCGUUUUCAAAUUAAGAGUUGGGAGGAUGUGAAUCUGGUGAAAAUGGAGGAUGGAAAGUGAGGGGUUUUGUGGUUUCAAAAACGUUUUACAUUUGUAUCUUUUUUCUGUUUAAAAUGUGUGAGGGUCUCCCUCUGUGUGCGUAUGCGUGAAUGAAUGUGCGUGUGUUUGUGUGUGUGCAUGAUGCAUGUCUGUGAAGUCGCAAGGUUGAUGCUUGUUACACCACUUGUGUGUAAUUACUAUUUACUAUAUCAUAAACUGUAUGAAUGACCUGUAUAAUACAAAGACAAGGAGUAAACAAAAUUAAUACAAAAAUAAAAAUUUGAAUACAAAAA